AUGGAAAGCCGUCAGUCAGUUAUCAAGUUAGCCACAAGUCAAUCAGCCAGUCAGUCAGUAAGUCAGUCAGUCAGUCUGUCUGUCAGUCAGCCUGUUUGUCAGUCAGUCAGUCAGUCAGUCAGUCAGUCAUUAAUCCAUUCAUUCAGGCAGUUAGUCAGUUAGUCAGUCAUAUAGUCAGUCAGUGAGUCAGUCUGUCAGUCAUUAGCCAGUCGGGCAGUCAGUCAUUCAAUCAGUCAGUCAGUCAGCCUGUCAGUCUGUCAGUCACUCAGUCAGUCAGUCAUUAAUUCAUUCAUUCAUUCAGUCAGUCAGUUGGUCAAUUAGCCAGUAAGCUAAUUGGUCAGCUAGUCAGUAAACCAGUCAGUUAGCCAGCCAGUCAGUUAGCCGGUCAAUCAGCCAGUCAGUCUGUCAGCCAGUCACUCAGUCAGUCAUUAGCCAGUAAGGGAGUCAGUCAGUCAACCGGUCACUCAGUCAGUCAGUCUGUCAAUCAGCCAGUCAGUCAGUCAGUCAGCCAGUUGGUCAGUCAGCCAGUCAAUCAGUCAGUCAGUCAGUUAGUCAGUAAGUCAGUCAGUCGGUCAGCCAGCCAGUCAGUCAGUCAGUCAGUCAGUCAACAAGCCAGUCAGUUAGCCAGCCAGCCAGUCAGUCAUUCAGUCAUUAGCCAGUUGUGUAUUCAGUCAUUUCACCAGUCAGUCACUCAGUCAGUCAUUAGCCAGCAAGGGAGUCAGUCAGUCAACCAGUCAGUCAGUCUGUCAAUCAGCCAGUCAGUCAGCCAGUCAAUCAGUGAGUCUGUCAGUCAGUCAGCCAGUCAGUCAGUCAGUCAGUAAGUCAGUCAGUCGGUCAGCCAGCCAGUCAGUCAGUCAGUUAGUCAACAAGCCACUCAGUUAGCCGGCCAGCCAGUCAGUCAGUCCGUCAUUAGCUAGUUGUGCAGUCAGUCAUUUUACCAGUCAGUCAGUCUGUCAGUCAGCCAGUCAGUCAGCCUGUCAGUCAGCCAGUCAGUCAGUCAGUCAGUUUGUCAGUCAGUGAGCCAGCCAGUCAGUCAGACAGUAAGUCAGUAAGUUGGUCAGCCAGCCAGUCAGUGAGUCAGUCAGUCAACGAGCCAGUCAGUCAA